AAGGUGACUCCAAGACGCGCAUCCAGCCAAAAGGAUGGUUAGUUGGGGUGCACUAGCUUGCUGUUGCGUGUCUGCACUGUUAUUAACAAACUUGUGGCGCAGGUGUGUGUUCGAGCCCGCAGAGGAAGACCCCGCCAACGCCACCAUCUUCCGGCGGUGUGCGAUUCUGAGUCCCAUCAUCCCCGAAGACACCAACUUGGAGGGAUCUAUCGGCACGACCACGGAGCUUGUGCUCGAGAACUACAAGCGCUCCGUGGUCUACAUAUUCGACGGUAUGCUGGCGUCGCUGAAUGACUCGUCAGUGUCCUAAAACCAACAUUAACUUGCCCACUUCAACUUGCGUUGCUCAAAAUUAAUAUUGGUUUUGAAAGGCACUGUGCUGACUUUUACCGUCAUUCAUACAGACUUGGAGCAAUAUGCAAGCAUCGGCGCCGCUCUUCUCGGAGGCGGAGCUGCUGGACGUGCUCACAGGGAUCGACGCCGGCAGCAGCGCGAGGGAUGACGGAUCUGGACCUUCAGUGGAUGUGGUGCUGAGUGGAGACGUGCUGUCGUCUGAGAGGGCCUUCGAGGAGUUCAUGGAGUCGCUCGCCUCGGACGACGACGCCGGCGGCGUCUCGAGGGUCUCCGCGACAUCCGACGACAGCCAGUCGGAGUCCGCCAGCACCUCGUCGCCUCCUGCUCCCAGUAGUGCAAGCAACAGGAAGGCUGGGGCCACAGCCGCUGCAGACAACUCAGCCGCGUCGACUGCCAAGCCCAAGCGGAAGCGACGCAAGCAUGAGCUGGACCACCUUCGAGCGGUGGCGGCGGAGCUCGAUAAGAAGCUCAAGGACCUGAACAGGCCCUCGAGCGAGGAGCAGCCGGGCACGACCCACUUCUGGAAGCACAUCUCCAGCCAGAUGAUGACGGAGCGGCAGAAGGCUGUGGGCGAGAACGCUCGACUGCGACAGCUCGUUCGAGAGCAGGUCAAGUCGGUCAAGGCCAUGCAGCGCACGCUGGAGAAGACUCCAGAUCUGAGCAAAUCGGGGAUUGAAGCGGAGUGCUCAGAGCUGAACGGAGCAACUCACAGCCACCAGCCGCCCACCUCAAAGAAGUUGUACAGGGAUCUAUUCAAGCAAAUAUCGUCUUCGUACAGCCAUGGUGUGGGCAACCUCCUCCUCCAACAGCCGGGCAUGCCCACGCCCAGUCUCGUAGACCGAAGGAAGAUGAACAUGGAGAUGGAGACUGUGGGGGAGUGCGGUCCUCAAAUGUGUCUACAGUUUGUGGAAAGCAGACUAAUCCCAUUCGGCCUUCUGCGCAUU